AUGCAUCGUUUACGGGAACCGGGUUCAAUGAGCCCCGGCUUAAUCAAUAAAGAAACUCCAACUUCGAACACUGAUGCGGCGGACUCAUUACCCGGUCAAGAAUACCUAGCCGAGACAUUAUCCCCUGAAGUAUCCGGCACCAGUCGUUCUAAGCGCAAAGCAGGCACCCUCAAACAGGAUCCUAGCGAUGAGAAAGCCAUGACAGCCAUCAAACGACAGCGUAACACCAUGGCUGCGCGGAGAUACCGUCAAAAGGGACGAGAUCGCAUUUCUGAACUGGAGUGCGCCUUGAGAGACAUGGAACACGAGCGAAACGAGCUUAGGCUCCAGCUGGCGAGGAGAGAGGCCGAAGUGGCUGCCUUGAAGGAGAUGUUGAGGAGGUAG